CUUGCCAAAAGAAAAGAACAAUGAGGAUAUUCAUUGGUUUUCUCAAAUUCACACUGUUAGCUAUACUAGUGCUUGAGUAUGGGGUCCUUGCUCCUCAUUCAUGGAGAGCUACAAGCACAGUGGUUCAAUGCAUAGAGAGGGAGAGGCAAGCCUUGCUUCAGUUUAAGGAUGGCCUUGGGGCAAAUAACUUAAGCAUUUACGCAUGGUCUUCAUGGGGUAGUCAAAAGCACAAGAGAGAUUGCUGUCAAUGGGAAGGAGUUCACUGUAACAACCAAACAGGCCAUGUCUUGAUGCUCCACCUUGCUAGUGAUGAUGAUUCAAACCAACUGUUUUUGAAAGGAGAGACUAGGGUGAAAACCUCCAAGUUUAAGAUGGGAUAGGAUGCAUGCUAUGCUGGAUAUAUGACAUUAAUGGAAUAUUAAAGCAUACAUGUUGCUGAGCUUUUAAAUACUAUAUGUUCUUUUUUGUGCUAUUUGUUGUGUUAUGUAAUAUUACAACCAUUGUUUGUGUUUUGUUUUGCCAUUUUGAGUAUGUUC